AUGGGGACGCAGCACCCGGAUGGGGACGUUGCCCCACGGAAGGCUCCUCAGUGCCACAGCGGGGGACCCACCCCACGAAGGGUCCCCAAAGUGUCACCCACCGAGGUCCCCCCGCGAAAGCCGCGUCUUGGCCCAUCCAAACGGGCUUGGCGAGGAGAAAAUCCCUCCGGGCGUCCGUGGAGCCGGCGCUUCCCGGUUUUGCAGGUGCUGGACGAGUUCUCCAGGCAGGUCAGCAAAAUGGACUGGCCCUCGGGAUCGCCGGCGACCGUGGGCUACGCGGCCUUGGACGGCUACCUCAGCACAUACCAGAACCCCCGCGAGGCCGAUCCCAUGACCAGGGUGCAGGCGGAGCUGGACGAGACCAAAAUCAUCCUGCACAACACCAUGGAGUCGCUGCUGGAGCGAGGGGAGAAGCUCGACGACCUGGUGUCCAAAUCGGAGGUGCUCGGGGCGCAGUCCAAAGCCUUCUACAAAACCGCCCGAAAGCAGAACUCGUGCUGUAAAAUCAUGUGACCCGGACGCCUGGGCCUCCUGCUCCGGCCC